AUGAGGUUCACAGCCCCGCAGCCAAUGAAGCAACCCUUGGAGCAGAGGGACAAAAGCAAGCAUUGCGCUUAUCAUCGAGAUUAUGGGCAUUCAACCAAUGAUUUUAGAUCCCUUAGGCGACAAGUGGAAAAUAUGAUAGCCAGAGGUGAGUUGGCAGAUUACCUCAUGACGAAGGAAUAUGUGAAGCCCUGUGAGGUCUAUCCUCGCAAGGUAGAAGGUACUCAAGUAAAGGUCAUUCAUACAAUACAUGGCAGAUCUGAAGAUGAUCAAGAGUCUAAGGAGGUAUACAGAUCCAGACUGAGGGCAGCCCGUAAGCUCAGGAAGUUAUCCUCGGUCAAUGCUAUCGCCUCGGGCAGCAUCAGUAUUGGAUUCGGCGAUAGCGACCUAUCCAGAGUUCAACUCCCCCACGAGGAUCCAUUGGUCAUCAGUCUUUUAGUGGCGAAUUGCAUGAUCAAGAGGGUUUUGAUAGACCUAUGGAGUAGCGCCAACAUUAUCACAAAGGCGGUCUUUGAGCAGUUAGAGAUCCCGUCAUCAUCAAUUCGACCUACCUCCAACCCAUUAAUGGGGUUCGAUGGCAUAAGGGUAGAUCCCCUUGGGGUAAUAGACUUAUCCGUAACUACGGUGAAGAGAACUCUGAAGGAGAACUUGUCUUAA